UUUUUUUUUUUUGCAAUUUGUUAAAAUUAAAUAUCUCUUCACGAGUACUAGGAAACGUUACUUUUAUGUUUUAAUUCUGCCCAUAUUUCUUGUAUAGGAAUUGCAUUACAUAGAUGAACUGGAUUCUAAACCAUGCAAGGUUCAAGUAAGUCGAAAGCAAAAGAGCAGCGAUGACGACGACGCAAGUGAUUUACAGGAUCAAAGAAAAUCUAGGAAGAGGCAUAGGGUCACAUCUUCUCAUGAUGAAGAGGUACCUGGAGGAAGAUGGCGAUCAGAAAGCAUUUUGGAGGAGUCUCUUAAGUCUUACAAGCAAGAUGAUGCAUAUGAGAUGGAAAGAGGAAGAUAUACAGGUAGUAACUUGGAUGAUGAUAUAAUUGGACAUUUCAGGGAUUAUCGACGUGGAAGUCGGGAGUCUUCAAGGGAGCAUAAAUCUAGUUACAGCAGACGCGGGAGAGAAAAAGAUAGGGAGCAAGAGUUGGCUAGAGAAAGGGACAGAAAAAGGGGGGAGAUGGAAAGGGAAAGGACACGGGAGAGAGACAGAGGGAGAGAGAAAGCUCGAUAUGGGGAACGGGAAUAUGAGUGGGAGAGGGACAGAGAUAGAGAUACUUUCAGGGAGAGGGAGGAGAGAAAAAGGAGGAAUAGGGACGGGGAAAGCAGAGGACCAAGUAGGGAGGGAGAUAAGGAUAGAUAUAGUGAUAGGUCCAGCAGGCAGCGGAGAUCUGAUGACCUUGACGAUGAUGGUCAUGCUUACCUUAGACGUAGUAGACAUUAUGAGAUUGACAUUGAGAGAGACAGGAAAGGUGAUCUCUUAAAAGCUGAAAAGCAAAAAAUUAUAGAGACAGAGAGUGAGAAAACUAAAAGAGAUGAAGUUGAACAGGAGGACUGCCAGGAAAAAAUUGCUUUCCAACUUUCUGAACAGGAAGAAGAAGAAGAACUUGAGAGAAUUAAGGAGGAGAGCAGAAGGCGCAGGCAAGCUAUUCUUGAAAAAUAUAAGAAUCAGCCUUCACAGAAGGAACAAGUUACUCAAUCCGGAGACAACGCUGAGCAUGCGGAUCAGUCUACUGAGAAGCGUGCAGCUGGAGAUAAUGUUGUACUAGAGCCCGUUGAUGGUCCAACCAAUGGUGCAGAUGUCCAUGUUGAUGAGCCAGCAUUUUCUGCUGGGAGAUCACCUUUGCAAGGCGGUCAUAAUGCUGAUGAGAAGGCUUCUGGAGCUGGUGGACUGGAACAGGGUACUCCAGAGAGAGUGAGGUCGGGUGAUAUGUUUUCUGACGAUAUAUUUGGAGAAUCACCUGUUGCCGCCAUCAGGAAAAUGGGCAAAGGAUAUGGCCUGCCGAUUGAGCGCAGUUACCUUCAGGAUAACUGCGAUGAUCCAGAAGGGUAUUAUAGCUACCGCUUCGGAGAAAUUCUUGAUGGCCGUUAUGAGAUUCUUGCUGCUCAUGGGAAAGGUGUCUUUUCUACUGUUGUUCGGGCUAAAGAUUUGAAGGCUAGGCCUGGCUACCCGGAAGAAGUAGCAAUAAAAAUCAUUCGUAAUAAUGAAAUGAUGGAUAAAGCGGGUAUUGAAGAGUUGAAAAUAUUGAAUAAACUAGUUGGUGCAGAUCCUGAAGGCAAGCGCCACUGUGUUCGUUUAAUUUCAGACUUCAAGUACCGGUAUCAUCGUUGUCUAGUUUUUGAGUCUCUUCAUAUGAAUCUGCGUGAGCUCCAGAAGAAGUUUGGGCGUAACAUUGGACUCCACCUCAGUGGUGUGAGGUCUUAUGCGAAGCAACUUUUCAGUGCUUUGAAACAUCUAAAGAGUUGCAGUGUGCUUCAUUGUGAUAUUAAACCUGACAACAUCUUGGUAAAUGAAGUGAAAGACGUGCUGAAGCUUUGUGACUUUGGUAAUGCUAUGUUUGCUGUUGUUGGCAAAAACGAUGUUACUCCAUAUCUCGUGAGCCGUUUUUACCGCGCCCCAGAGAUCAUACUUGGCCUGCCAUACGAUCAUUCGAUGGAUAUUUGGUCAGUAGGUUGCUGUCUGUUCGAGCUUUAUGCUGGGAAAAUCUUAUUUCCAGGUUGUUCUAAUAAUGAGAUGCUCCGUCUUCAUAUGGAACUGAAAGGUCCAUUUCCGAAGAAGAUGCUUAGAAAGGGUGAAUUUACACAUUUACAUUUUGACCAAGAUCUCAAUUUCCUUGCCACUGAAGAGGAUCCUGUUACAAAGAAGGCUAUAAAAAAGCUGAUUGUCAACAUCAAGCCGAAAGAUUUCAGUUCAGUAAUUUCAGGUUAUCCGGGUGAAAAUUUGAAGAUGUUGGCUCGCUUCAGAGAUUUAAUGGAGAGAAUCUUUGUGUUAGACCCCGCAAAGAGAAUCACUGCUUCCCAGGCAUUAAAACACCCAUUCAUCACAACAAAUUAUGAUGGCGAGAAUCAACUAUUCCCAAAUGGUAUUUUGAAAGUUAAUUCACAUUUUUAGGUGCUUAAUUAGUCGAUUCAUUCCUGCUACUACUAUGUUGUCCUUGAUUUUUAUUCUUCGUACUCAACUGACUGCUUCUGAACAGAAAUUGUAUUUUAUUAUUUUCUCAGGUAAUAAAUUAUGUUUGUUGCUUGUGCAUCAUUCCAGCCCUCGAUUUUAAAUUAUUUUGGAGCAUGAGUAGCUGGUCCUUAUAUAAUCUUUUGAAAGAUAAUAUGUUUUGGUCGCUUUAUUUUUUUAUUUUUAUUUUAAAUUUCAACUAAUAAUCAUUCUAAACUAAUUUUCUUGGUGCUGGUUCAAGCUUAGCUAUCAGUUAUUUUCCAUUUGAUAACACUAAGCAUAAGAAGGCUACAAUGUAAAGUUGACAACUUUUUGUUCUUCUUAUAAGUACUUCCCCAUGUAUAAUAGUUUUAAUUGCAAACUUGCAUUCUGUAAUAAUUAAUUGUCAACAGAUGACCCAUUGAAUUUCUUUCUUAUUUCCAGAAUUGAUUAAUAUUCUUUUCUUUCUGAAUGCUCAGUAGUUCAUCUCUUAGGUUCCCAAAUUUUAUAGAAACUAUAUGAGGACGAUAAAUGUAUCUAAUAUUAUA